GAACUCCCUCACUGUCUCACUCAAUGGCUAUUUGGAUUGAAAGCGGGGCAAUGUUUGAAGCGACUGCCCUGGCAUUACACAAUUGACCCCAUUACUAUCGAAACCAUAGGAUUCAUGGCUGGAGCUUGAAUACACAGCUAUGCGUUCCCAUCUCACUCGCGGGGUUUUCCAGGCGAUCGUGGAAAACAGGCCAUACGUCCAUUCUCAAUGUUCUAGACAAUUAACUCUCCUGUUGUCCUCUCGCCAACCCCGAAGAUGUCCAUUCCUUAUCACCCAGAGCCGAACCGCAUUCUCCCUUCCCUUUCUCCCACGCGCAGACAAUGUCACAAAGUCUCAGCUUACGGACAAUGGAGCCAAGCAGAUGAUGGAAUUGGUAAAUGCGCUGGAGCAGAAGACCCUGCCGCCACCACCUUUCAUUCUUGCCAAGGCCUUUAUGGCGUUUAUUCAAGAGCGAGGAGAGUCGAUGGCCGUUUUAACCCAAAAUCAAGUCCGAUUCUUGCUACAGACUUUCCAGCAUUUAGUCAACGAAUACCCAUACAAAGGGGCCCGGGGAUCCGUGCGCACAGUUUUGGGACUUGAAAGCCUGGAAAAUACGAUGUUUGUUUUGGCUCAGGCGGGAUGCGAGCCCGAUGCGGUCGAGCUUUUGAAUAAACUGGCCAAGGCGAUAUACAUACAGAUCUCCCAUCGGAAUGAGCGGGCUGAGUCACCACAUCUGGAACCCACCCCGGUAAUUCUCAGGUCAUACGUCUCAAUACUGGCCUCUACAGGAUCACCACUGGAAGCCCUAAAUAUAGUUGAGACAUACUGGGAAACGGUCCUUAGCCCUGAAGGAAUCAUACCGUGGCUUGAUAUCAUCAGUGGUCUAGCCAAAGAGGGCAAAGAAUCAGAGAUCCCGGUAGUGAUGGGAAAGAUGGAUCGUUGCGGUGUCGUCUUGGAUCCGAACUCUCACGAGGAAAUGGUUAAGUUGCUUGCAGCAGAAAAUAACGUUGACGCUCUGAGGAAGCUUUUCGAGCUAGAGCUUCCCAAUGGCCUCCAACCUACCGCUACGUCCACUGCAUUCGCGAUAGCAACUGCUGUCCGAAACUCCAUGGUCGAUUGGGCAAGCCAGUUGAGCGAAUCCUUCCCCGCAUACCCGACACCAGAAAGCCGAGACGCGAUGCUUCUCUUAGCUGCAGCGAAAUCCGAGGGAGCGGAAAACAUCCAGAAAAUUCUGGACAGUAUGUCUGCGAGAAAUCCCGAAAUCAAGACCUCCAUGACCAUUGCCACCUUCAACCCACUCUUGGAACACGCAAACAUGACCAACAGACUGGAUCUGGUGGAUGAGUACGCUGAGCUCGCACGAAAGUGGGGCCUCCAGGCGGAUGCGCAGACCUAUAUGCUAAUGAUGGAUUCGAAGUUGCGGGAGGGGGACCUUGACGGAGCUAUCGCUCUCUUUGCAAACGUUGACCCCGAGGGUCUCGCCGAGCAAACUGAUGUUGUCAUGUUGAAUAGAAUUCUCCGACAGCUUUGCUCCACCCAAUACGUCGACGUGGACUACGAUACCAUACUGUCAUUCGUCGACCGCCUAAUCGAAGCAAGGGGGCGUUUUGAAGCCGAAACGCUCGGAGCACUCUGUCAAGUCCUCCUCUCUCGUCACGAACUAGAAAGUAUUUCCGGACUCCUCCGCCCCGUCAUCGAUCAGUAUAAUGCCGACGAACUAUCCACGAUCAGCGAAUCUUUCGUCAAGUACAUCUCCGAUCAGAAUCAGUCUACGGAAGACGCCUGGGAAGCCUACGAGCUGCUGAACAUGGCAUUUCCCAACACCUCAGUCCGCAUAAGGACGGAUAUUAUGACUCAAUUCUUCGAGCGUGGCCGUUCGGAUCUCGCAUGCCUCGUUUUCGGACACAUGAGACAGAAGGAGCGCGGGCCCAGGCGUCCCACCUCGCACACGUAUGCGAUGUGUCUACAGGGGAUAUCCCGUGCUGCCGACUCCCAGGGCCUACACCUCGUGCACAAUAUGUUGAAGCUCGAUCUCGAAGUCGGAUUGACCACCAAGGUGCUCAACGGGCUGAUGCUCGCAUACGCUGCGUGCGGUAUGCCCGAGAAAGCGAUGGGAUUCUUCCGCGAGAUCCUUCACUCCGAAGAAGGGCCCUCGGAACAGACCCUGAUGAUAUUCUUCCGCGUGUGCGAGACGUACCAUAGCGGCGUAGAAGAAGCCACGAAGAUGCUGGACAAGUUGAAAUCGUUGGAUGUACGGAUCGACAGGGGUAUAUACAAUGCGUACAUCGGCGCGUUGGCUGGACACUGCCAGGUGGAGAAGGCGACGGAGGCGAUCCAGGCUAUGGAGUCGAAGAUCGGUGCUGGACCGAGCACUCAGACCCUUGGGACCUUGUAUAAUGCUAUUCCCUUCCAGUAUUGGAAGGAUCAAGUCGAGGAGUGGGCGCAGGCGACUUAUCCCGGACUAUGGGAGGAACUCGAACAGCGAGGACGCCAUGAAGAUGAGGAGGGACUAAAGAGUUUCGACAUCAAUAGGAAUAUUGAUGUUUAACGCUAUGUAUGUGUGUAGGUCAGGGAAAUAUCGAUAUUUCCAUUUUGUGAUAUGCUUGGGAUGCUCCAUAUCUUGUCAUGUAUAUUUUCUCUCUCUUUUACCUUUCUUUUCCCUUUUUUAUUCGUUUCUUUAACUUAUCAUGCUGUUGUCUAGGAGGCUCUGUAACAUGCAUAUCAGUGUCCACCUGAAACACACACCGACCACCUUGUUUGCACAGGUAUCAUUGUACCACCAGUUGCUGUACUUCCCUUUUAUGUUGUUACAUACUUGUAUAUUUGAUGGAUUAGGGCAAAAAAAGGGCAAACAGCAUCAAAAAAAGUUUUUAUGUAAAAUCAG